GCGAAGGGAAGAAGACCAGAGGAAGAAGAUCGCCGUCGCGGGUCGCCUCUCCGUUGUCCUCGCCGCCGCCGUCCUCCUCCUCUCCAGCCGGGCUAUGACUAUGCUGUUAGACGGCGGCCCUCAGUUCCCCGCGCUGGGGGUCGGCGGCUUCGGAGCGCCUCGCCAUCACCCCCACGACGUAGCGAACCGCGACGCCGCCGCCGCCGCCGCCGCAGCUAUGGGGCUGAACCACCCGUUCGGGGACUCGUCGUUUAAGAUCAGCCCGGCGGCCCACGAGCUGGCGUCGGGGCAAGGUUCUGCCUUCACGCCGCAGGCGUCGGGCUACCCUCACCAUCACCACCCCCACCACCACCACCCGCCGCACCCGCCUCACCCCCACCACGCCGGCCAGGUGCCUUCCUACGCCGCCGCGGCCGCCGCGGCCGCCUUCAGCUCCACGCGGGACUUUCUCUUCCGCAACCGCGCAGGCUCCGCGCUGGGGGACUCCGCCUCUGGCGGCGGCGGCGCCGGAGGCGGCUCAGCCGCUCAGACGGCGGGGCAGCACGGCCUCUUCGCCAGCAACGCGCCCGCCGGACUCCACCCGCCUCCGGGCAUCGCGGACAGCCCCGGGGGCUACUUGCUCUUCCCGGGUUUACACGAGCAGAACCCCAGCCACGCUUCCCCGACGGCGGGGCACGUGGAGACCAGCCAGAUGCACCUGGGCUUGCGGGGGGACCUCUUUGGCCGCCCGGAGGCAUACCGGGGGGUCUCCAGCCCCAGAGCCGACCCUUACGGGGCGCCGGCGCAGUUCCACAACUACAGCCCUAUGAAUGUGAACAUGGGGGGCAUGAACGUGGCAGCGGCCCACCACCACCACCAUCACCACCACCACCACGGGGCGGGGGCCUUCUUCCGCUACAUGCGGCAGCCCAUCAAGCAGGAGCUGUCGUGCAAGUGGGCCGACGAGGCCCCCCCGACGCCCCAGCCCCCGCUCAGCCGGGCCAAGAAGAGCUGCGACCGGACAUUCAGCACCAUGCACGAGCUGGUGACCCACGUCACGAUGGAGCACGUCGGCGGGCCCGAGCAGAACAACCACAUCUGCUAUUGGGAAGAGUGUCCCCGCGAAGGGAAGUCCUUCAAGGCGAAAUACAAACUGGUCAACCACAUCCGCGUCCACACCGGCGAGAAGCCCUUUCCUUGCCCCUUCCCGGGAUGCGGGAAGAUCUUCGCACGCUCGGAGAACCUCAAGAUCCACAAAAGGACGCACACAGGAGAAAAGCCCUUUAAGUGUGAAUUUGAAGGCUGCGAUCGGCGUUUUGCUAACAGCAGCGACCGAAAGAAACACAUGCACGUCCACACGUCGGAUAAGCCCUAUAUCUGUAAGGUCUGCGACAAGUCCUACACGCAUCCUAGUUCCUUAAGAAAGCACAUGAAGGUCCACGAAACUCAGGGGUCGGAUUCUUCCCCCGCUGCCAGCUCUGGCUACGAAUCCUCCACCCCCCCAGCCAUGGCUGCCGCCACGAGCAAGGACUCCAACAAACCCCCUCCACCCGCUGUUCAGACUGCCAACCCCAGCCACAAUCCCGGACUGCCCCCCAACUUUAACGAGUGGUAUGUCUGAUGAGGACAAAUUCAGCUCCCCCCUCCUAUACUGGACUGGACCAAAAGAAUUAAUGGUGACAUCAAAGGAAACUGGACCCAUCGCUGGCCUGCCUGCCACUGUUCGGGAGUUAACAGGACAGAAAUUGCAGGAGGAAUUUUUAAAAGUGGGGGGGUUGCUUUUUGGUUUUGGUUUUUUCUCUCCUACCCAAGAACCAGAGGCCGGACUUAAUCAUGUCUAUUUUUCUCAGGAUUAGCAUUUUUCCCCCUCCUUUUUCUGCAUCGACAGUUAUUUCUUUGAUUUUUUUUAAACACUCUCUUCCAAUCCACCGUCCUAUCCCACUCCCCUUUUCUUUCCCAGGACUCUUGCCUUUUGUACUUUGAUUUCAGUAGAUACCUCCCUCGUUCCAGAUUCCUCCUUCUCCUUUGGUGGGAUAUUAAAAUCGGAGAAGUUUUAAAACUAUCCCUUUGGCCUUAGUUAUGAUUGUUAAAAAUAAGGAAAACAAAUAAACAAAAAACCCCCAAAUACACAGUCUUAAAACUUGCCAAAGUCCUGUAUUGUCUUGAAGUUUCUUUCUUUCUUUCUUUCUUUCUUUCUUUCUUUCUUUCUUUCUUUCUUUCUUUCUUUCUUUCUUUCUUUCUUUCUUCCUCUCUCUCUCUCCCUUCCUCCCUUCUUUCUUUCUUUCCUUCCCGCCUUCUCCCUCUUUCUCACUCUCUAAAACCAUUACACUUGUGAAUGUAUUUUGUCUGAUUGGGGAGGGGGUAUCAUUCAGUAUAUUUUGCAGGAUGGGGAAAAUGUGAUAUUAAUUUCACCCAGCUCGUGAUGGUUUAGUAUAAACAGUUGCCUUUUUGUAAUAACAGGUUUUUGGGUUUUUUUGUAAAUACAUAUCCAUGAUGCCAUAUUUAUCGUUUGUAAUUUAAUUAUUGAGACAAGUGCCGGGAACCGAACAAUAUUUAUGGGAAAACAAAAUCCCCACAAAAAGGAGAAAUGAAAUUUUGUUUUCUAACAAAAAAAAAAAUUAAACUCUGUAGAGCUUUUGGUGAUAUAACUGCUUUAGCAUUAAAAGUUUAUUGUUUUGGAAAGAACA